CACCUGCACGCAAUGAUUCCGCUGAGUCCCAUUUCCGAUCCGGAUGAAAACGGUGUUCCAGUUAGAUGAGCAACAACAUCGGCAUUCAUUGAUUAUGCCGGCAACAACGGCAUAAACAAUAGCGCUCUGCUUAAAAAAGCGCGGACUGCGCUGGAGUCAAUGUUUAUCAUUGUCUCUGUGACUAACCACAACAACAAUGCGCUACAAUCGCCCGUUGUCAUGACAAUCGGACAGCAGAUGGGGGAUUCAGCUUGGCGUAUGUAGCCUGUAGUAUGACAAAUGUGAGAGCACAGUUGCGUUCAAGCUCCCCAGUGAUUAUCAGUUAUUCGAUUGUCGCUUUAAGAUGCCUGUCACAGCACAUUGGUAUUAGCCAUUAACUGGCAAUAUGUUUUGCCUCUUAUAUCAACUUUAUAUCACACCUGUUGACACGUAAAUUUAAACAUACCCAUAUACGUAGAGAGUGACAGAGAGGGAGUAUAUUUAUACAACGUGUUAAUCGUCUUUAAAAGUGUUAAUUUAAGAAUGCCUUCGUUGGGAAUCCCGUCAAAAAUCUCGUUACUUCUACUAAUACUCAUCGAGAGAUCUAUGCUUUGUGUGCUCUCCCUGCCCGUAUUUCAGAAUUCAGAUCGCUGCAAGGCCAUAUAUGAUUGCGAUCCUUUUUUACCCAUCUGUGCCACGUACAGAAAUGAGCAUCAGUUUUUCUACAGCCACUGUGACAUGUUGCGUGAAAUAUGUUUCACCGGUAAAGAUUGGCAGUCGGACUAUUUAAGCCAUUGCAAUGUAAGCAAGCAAUAAAUCUUAGGAUCUUCGGCAUUCGCAUCAUAAUUGAUGCAUAAAAAUAAACCUUUGUAUAUAAUUCACAAGACUGAUAUAUUAACAUAAAUUAAAAGUGUACAUUUAUUUGUCAGCUGUACCAAUUUUAAGUAAAAAGGAAAUAAAUAAGAAUUGAAG